AUGAAGGAAGCUCCUUCUCCUGAUUCUAUCUUGAUCAUUGUUUCUAAUCAUAUCGAUGUUUUGACUUACGUUGCUUGGAAGCUCUCUGGUUUUCAGCUACAGAAGUGUAGAGGAGUUUCACAUAGACUUUCAUCUCAAAUACUUAUGGUUAUUUGCAUGUUUUGGUUUGAGAAAUUGCAGCCAUAUCUUAACAAAGUUUAA